AGCCGCUGAUUGGCUCCAGACUCAUCUUAACGUGGCAUACCACUAAGGGACAUUCCAUGUAAUUCAGCUCAAUGGCCGCCGCUCUCAACCGCAUACUUUGGAUUCUCACUAUUGCUUGCGGGCUCGCUGAAGAUUGUCAGAGAUCUUCUGGUGGCCGAGGUAUUUCUUUGCUCCAGGCUUCCCGCAACAAGUCUGCGAAGUCAGCCGCUAUACCCUUGGCAAACUUGUCCACAGAUUCUACGGUGAGUGAUGUAAUGGCAGUUGCAAACAGCGUGGAAGCCCUCACCAACGUGACCAAUGCGACAACAAGCCCGGUGGACGUCAACCCCGUGCAAAACCUCAGCAGUGGAGAGGCGGUAAUGAACUAUUCAGAGAUGGCGGACGCGGAGGAGGUGCAUGUCUCGUCCCGGGCGCCCUAUUCACAAAGGCACAACCACACAGUGUCUACAGUGAAGCCCAUCAAGGACGCAUCGCCGAUCCCUGAACCCCAAGGAAAUAAAACCACUGACGCCAUGCGUGACUGCAUUAUGGGAGAUUGGAGCGACUGGUCUGCGUGCGAAAGCACUGAAGAGGAGGGCUUCACAGGUCCGCAUCAAGGGAGGAAGCGUUCAACUGUCCAGCCUUACCUUCUCGGAGGUGAGCUAUGCGGACCAGCAAUAGAAACUCGGAGUUGCAAUCUCAUCAGUGCGGUGAAUACAAUCGUGAACCUGGACGGUCUGAGUUGAAGCAAUGGCCGAACGUAGCCAGACGGACAGCAUGUGCCAAAGUGACAUGAAACGGGUGG